AUGAGUGAUGCUCUCCAGGAUGCCGAAAUAAGGUGGAAGCGUAUCACUGGCUCACUUGCCAAACAAGGUGUCACGUGGCACUUCAUUCCUUCUCUGGCACCCCACUUUAGCGGAUUGUGGAAAGCUGGUGUCAAAGCUAUGGAACUUGGACCGCGCCACCUUACCUACAAGGAGUUUUCCACCGUUUUGGCCAGCAUUGAGGUGUUCUUCACUAGACACCCUUUUACUCCACCCACCAGAGGCUUAAAUGGUCUGGAUAUCCUCACCCCUGGGCACUUGGUUGUCGGCAGCCCACUCAACUCUGUGCUUGAGAUCAGUACCCUGCCCACGAAGCUUGAUCACCUGAGUCACUGGAAGCUGGUCAGGAAAAUUUGA